AGUCUGUUACAGGCUCGCAGGCACGAUGGGUGCGGACAAGCCCAAUGGGGUCGUGAACUACUGCCGACGUCCGCCUAAGAGGCCGUUCCUUCAGAACAUCCAGUACACAAUAUGGAACCCAGAAGAAAGAACCUUUUUGGGACGCACUCCAAAGAGAUGGGGUGUGAUUGGGUUGAUAUACUUGGUGAUGUACAUCUGCAUCAUCAUUUUCUUCUCCAUAUGCAUGUGUGGGCUAAUGGCGACCAUGGACGACAGAGUGCCGUAUUUCAUGCUCGCCGACUCCAUCAUUGGUGAUAACCCCGGCAUGGGCCAUCGUCCACUGCUGUUCGAAGAGGGGGCCCUGAUUUGGUACCACCCCUCUAACAGCAGCCAGGUCAAGAAGUACGUUGACAACAUCGAUCAGUUUCUUGCACCCUACGAGAACAAGAGCUUGUUGAUAAACGGCGGUGUGAAUCAGAUAGACUGUGGUACUGUGAAGCCGCCCCGAGAGGAAGUGUGCUCCUUCGACCUGAGCCAGUUGGGCCCCUGUUCCAAGGAGAACAACUACGGAUUCACGAAUGGAACACCUUGCAUAAUCAUUAAAUUGAAUAGGUUAUAUGCAUGGAAUCCACAUUUCUACGAUGACCCCGGUGAUCUGCCGUCAAAUAUGCCACCUGACAUAAAGGAUUACAUCAAUUCAACUAAAACACCUGAAGAACGUCGAAAGGUGUGGUUAUCGUGCAUGGGAGAACGGCCUGGCGACGUGGAGGCGUUAGGGCCGUUGAAGUAUUAUCCUUACCCGGGACUCUCCGAAGUCUACUACCCGUACGAUAACACCGCGGGGUAUCUCAGCCCUAUUGUGGCUGUGCAAUUGCUACAGCCAAAAUGGCAUCAAAUCAUCAAUAUACGUUGUCGCGCUUGGGCUCGCAACGUUCAUUAUACAGACAGCCUAAAAGAUCGUCUAGCCUCCACCCACUUGGAGAUUAUGAUUGACUAAGUUGAUAUAUUGCAAUCCAGUAUCUAUAGAGAACAAAAAUGACCCCAGCAGCACGCUUCACUUAAGAAAUAAAAAGAGUCGAUGUUAGUCAGUGUCAUUUGUUAGUCAAAUUUAAUGAAUGUGUAAUUAAACAAAAUUAUUGGAAUGAGACUAAAAAUAAAGAUGG